AACAGUCACUCAAGGAUAGCGGAAUUAAAUUAGAGAUGGUAAAUAAUAACAUGGACCAGCUUCGUGGCUUCAUCAAGGGUCCCAAGGAUACUCCAUACUCAGAAGGUACCUUUGAGCUCGGGAUAACCAUUCCUCCUAUGUACCCCUUCGUCCCACCAAAAGUCAAAUUCGAAACAAAAGUUUGGCACCCCAAUGUCUCAUCGCAAACCGGUGCGAUAUGCCUUGAUAUAUUAAAGGAUCAAUGGGCAGCGGCCAUGACAAUUAAGAGUGUGCUGUUCUCCAUUCAAUUGCUCUUAGCCUCCCCCGAGCCAAACUCGCCACAGGACGCUGUGGUGGCGAAACAGUACAUGGAUCACUUCGACGAAUGGAAAGACCAAGCGAAGCAGUGGACGGAGAAAUAUGCACAAGAGACUGAGACGAAAUUCGAGAGAAACAUCAAGCAGCUCAUGGAAAUGGGGUUCAGUCGAGAGAAAUGCGAGAAGUACUUAAACAAGACAAACGGCAACAUUGAAGAAGCGGCAGCCAAGCUACUAAAAUAAAGGGCGUGGUGAUACCACGCCUGUCCUAAUAUUUUCUUGAGGGGGAUGUGGUUCCAUCCGUCGAAGUCAAUAGCGCGAGAACGUUCAAGUCAGGAUAUAAAGACGUUUGAGGCAUCAGACUUACACGGGUCAAAAUCAUACUUGAAUGUCUAUAGUCCUAUAAUCGAGUCUAUAGUCCUAUAAUCGUCCGAUACAACGGUGUAUGUUUCAAAGUUCACACAAAAAUCCGCAUAUAUAAACAACCGUGGACAGAAAGCUGCAUGUUUCAAAAUAAAGUACAUUUGAAUAGCUACGUAUACGACUUUGCGAG